AUCAACAUUCGGUGGGAGCUAUGUCUGGUUCUCCGCCGCGACAAGAAGUCACGUCUCUAGAGGAGAUGCAAAGGUUAGAAGAGCGCAGAGCGGCACAACGCGCAGGAAGUAGGGGGAGCGACGCCCAUUAUAGAUUUAGAUAUGAACAACGAAGAUUGUACCAAACGGAUCCCAUCGCGGUCUGCCCAAGCCUUCGAGCUUUCUGCAGAUAGGAGGAUACUUCAUGAUAACUAGGGAAGUUGCUCCUCUGGGCCCCACGUGGCAAAUAUAGUGGGCGAGGAAGUUCCUCCUUACUGCAACAAGAUCACUGUAGCUUCCUUGACUAUUUUGAAAACGAGAAAGAGAGAAGAAAAACACUCAAGCAGCUUGAAAGGCUCAAAGAGUUGCAACGUCGAACGUAAGCGAGAAGAUGAGUGAGCGCGGUUCUUCGUCGCUGUUGCAUUUUUUUAAGAUGUGAAAGCCUUUACGCGUGUACAGUAAAGCGGGCCCAUACCUGGCCCAGCCCUCCAGAGUAGCAAGCCAAGCCACGAACCCGAGAGAGCUCGCCGCUGCCGCUUCAGCCGCGAGCCCGAUUCGGCCCCGCCUUGCGUGCUUGUUAGGACAACGCAGCCGCGCGGACCCGAGCCCGAGCCCGGCCUCGCGAGCGCGGCCCCUUGCGGGCCCGGCCCCGUGCGAACCCAGCUCCGUGCGGGCCCGGCCUUGUGCGAGCCUGGGCCAUAAGAUGACGCUCCCCGCCCCGUGCGAGCCCAGCCGGCGUCGCCGGCUCCGUGUGAGCCCGAGCCGGCCCCUUGUGAGCCCAGCCCCGUGCGAGCCCAGCCCCGUGCCAGUUGAGGUGGGCCCCGUGCCGUGCGAGCCCGGACCCGAGCGAGCCCGGCCCCGCCGGCUCCGUGCGAGCUUAGCCGGCCCCGUGUGAGCCCAGCCCUGUUCCUUCGAGCUCAGCCCCGCGCGAGCUCAGCGGGCCCCCUGCGAGCCAAGUGGGUCCCGUGCGGGCGUGGUUCCAUGCGAGUCCAGCCGGCCCCGUGCGAGCCGAGCGGGCCCCGUGCGAGCCGAGCGGGCACCGCGGGAGCCAAACGGGCUUCGUGCAAGCCCGGCCCCGUGCAAGCUCAGCCGCGUGCGAGCCCGGCCUCGUGCAAGCCCAGCCGUGUAUGAGCCCGGGCAGGCUCGUCGUGCGAGGCUUGCCCCGUGCGAGCCCAGUCGGCCUCGUGCGAGCCCGGCCCCGUGAAAGCCCGGCUCCGUGCGAGCUCGACGGGCCCCGUGCGAGUUCAGUGGCACCCGCGCGAGCCCAAGCCCGAGCCUGGAGCGGCCCUGGCGAGCCUAAGCCGGCACCGGCGAGCCCAAGCUGGCCCCGGCGAGCUCGAGGCGGCCCCACCCAGCGAGCCCAAGCUGGUUCUGGUGAGCUUGGGCUGGCCCCGGCGAACCCGAGCCGGACCCAGCGAGCCCGAGCCGGCCCCGUCGAGCCUGAGCCCGCUCCGGCGGCCCAGAACCGGCGCCAGCGAGCCUGAGCCGAUCCCGCGAGCCUGGGCGGCCCCGCGAGCCCGGCCGCGAGCGCACCCCCCCCCUCCCGCGCGCGUAACGCGCCCGCGCGCGCGUGGCUCCGGCGAGCCUGAGCCGGCCCCGGCGAGCCUGAGCCGGCCCCGGCGAGCCUGAGCCGGCCCCCGCGAGCCUGAGCUGGCCCCAGCGACUGAGCCCGGCCGCGAGCGCACCCUCCCCGCGCGCGCAUGGUCCCGGCGAUCCCGAGCCGGCCUCGGUGAGUCCGAACCGGCCUUGGCGAGCCCGAACCGGCCCCGCUUUGGUGAGCCCGAACCGGCCCCGCCCCGGCGAGCCCAGGCCGGCCCAUGCGCUCGCCGGGGCGCCCGAGCCGACCCCGCGAGCCUGGCCGCGAGCGCACACCCUCCGCGCGCGUAACGCGCGCGCGCGGACGGUCCCGCCGAGCCCGAGCCGGUCCCGCCCCGGCGAGCGCCGGCCCCGCACCGGCGAGCCCGACCCGGCCCCGGCGAACCCGACCCGGCCCCGGCGAGCCCGACCUGGUCUUGGCGAGCCCGAACCUCUCACGCGAGCCCGGGCUGGGCCCGUGAGCCCACCCGGCGCCGCGAGCUUGGCCGCGAGCNCCCCCCCGCGCGCGUUACGCGCGCGCGCGUUCGCCUGGCUGAGCCGGCCCCGCCCCGGCGAGCCCGAACCGGCCCCGCGCCAGCGAGGGCCGGCCCCGCCUUGUGGGACUUACGGUCGGAACGCCGCAGAGCUGUUCGUGACGCGUGACGCCGAGAGCCCCGGGGGGAAGACGAGACGCCUGGGCCUAAUUUCAAGCGUGACGCAGCGCGCAACUAAGUAAUUCGCGCGAUGUGCUUCACGCGUCACGCGGCGGCUGGCGCGUGGUCCGUGGAUCUUUGAGCGAUCCGGGGUUGGUUCUUUGAUCGGUCCGCGGGCCUUUGAUCGAUCCGCGGACUUUUGGUCGAUCCCUGGGUCUUUGAUCGAUCCGCGGGACCUUGAUCGACCCCCGGCCCCGUGGUCGGUCUUGGCUGGUCUGUGGAUCCAUCUUUGAACGAUACGGGAAAACUUCGCCGAUUCGUGGACCCUUGGCCGAUCCGUGGGUCUUUGAUCGAUCCGCGGAUCCUUGACCCAUCCGCGGGCUCUUGAUGGGUCUGGGGUUCCUUUGGUGAUCCGUUUAUAGGUCACUGAUCAGUCCGCGGAUCACUGAGCAAUCCCCGGAUCACUGACCAAUCCCCGGAUCGCUGAUCAAUCCCCGGAUCACUGAGCAAUCCGCGGAUCGCUGACCAAUCCGCGGAUCACUGAUCAAUCCGCGGCUCACUGAGCAAUCCCCGGAUCACUGAUCAAUCCCCGGAUCGCUGACCAAUCCGCGGAUCACUGACCAACCCACGGAUCGCUGAGCAAUCCACGGAUUGCGGAUCGAUCUGCGAGCGACUGAACGAUCCGCGGGCCGCGCGUGCCGCGUCAUGGGUCAUGCGUCACGCGUCAAGGGAGAGCAAGAGGAUCACCCUUAUUGUAGGGGGGUUACGCGGUGGGACUAAUGUGGACAGCUCUACGGCGUUCGGUCCACCUUACGGCCCCGCCCCGGCGAGCCUGAACCGGCCCCGCGCCGGCGAGCCCGAUCCGGCCCCGCCCCGGCGAGCCCGUGCUGGCCCCGCCUCGGCGAGCCAGGGCUGGCCCCGUUCUGGCGAGCCUGAGCCGGCCCCGCGCCGGCGAGCCUGAGCCGGCCCCGCCGCGAGCCCGAGCCGGCCCCGCCGCGAGCCCGAGCCGGCCCCGCCCGCGCCGGCCCCGCCCCGGCGAGCCCGAACCGGCCCCGCCUUGGCGAGCCCGAGCCGGCCCAGGCGAGCCCGAGCCGGCCCGCGCGAGCCUGAGCCGCGCCGCGAGCCCGGUCGCGAGCGCACCCCCCCUCCCCCGCGCGCGCCUUAUUUCGCGCGUAACGCGCGCGCGCGUGGCGCGUUAUGGCGCGCGCGCGUAACCCGCGCGCGUAACGCGCGCGCGCGCGUUACAGUUUUCACACCUUAAAAAGAUGAAAAAGUAUAGCUUAAUAAUAGGUUACCCUUUUCUCUUUUCUAUCUUCCUCUGGUCUUUCUUUUUUCUAGUUAGGUCGGCUCCGCCACAACUUAGAUAGGCAGGCGCUCCUUCUGUUUCGGCAGCUUUAGCGGUGCGCCCCAAAAUUCACCGGGCCACUGCUUGACGGCUCACUUCUGCGCCCCGGAGCCACCAGGUGGCUCGGGGGCGGGGUGGUGGACUAAAUUCGAGCCGGUCUCUGCCUGAUCCGCAAUAGCAAUAAUAUGUUAAUACUAUCAUACCACCUGCAAAAGCAAAAUUAGGAUGCAAAUGUAGUUUUGAUACAGCUUGUCCUCUUGGCCACAUCAAUAAGUCAAAGAGUGGCCAAUCACUCAAGGAGCAAUCACCCAUACGCAAUCAAUUCUCCUAAUAUUUAUCACCCAUCUUGGGAGAAACAGAAGAAGAACAGAGAGCGAAGGAAGCACACCUGGAACGCUUUGUGCAGGGAUAUAGAGAGGAAGCAGCAGCCCAAGCAGAGAGAGAGGCAGCAAGCUCCACCAGCUUCCUCGAAGCAGCAGUCCUCGACGCAGUGUCUGUCUAAAGAGGACGAGG